GCAGCCGAGCCCACUAUCAACUCUUGCCACUAACAACGGAAAUCAUGAAUUGUAAACUGAGUGACAUCUUUGGAAUUAGUGUGAUGAGCGAAUGAUACAACAAACAUGGCGAAACGCGGUGGUAACACGGAAGUGAAUGGUUUUAUAUCGUUUGCUCCAGACAAAAAAUCGGGAACAACAGCACUGAAGAAAGCACCUACUAGAAGAAGAGGUAGUGUUGACCGAGAAGAUAAGAAAAAGGAACUCUUGAAAACAAAGAAGCCAGUUCGAGAUGAGAGUCUUGAGAAACAUGGUACUCCAAAACACCGGCAGGAAACCAGAUUACAGAGGAAACCUGACAGUCAUACAACAACGAGAGAUACCGAUAAGAGCAAGACAAGCAAGGAAGAAAAGGUAGCACCCACUGAUAAACAAAAAAUCAGAACCACUGAGGCCCAGAAAAAAUCGAUCAAAACUAACGAGGAGAAGCAACAGAAGUUGAAAACAAGCAAGCUCUCAACAAAAACAGCGUCUCCACAUCACAGUUCAACAAAAACACGGCCGAAAAAUGACGAUGCCAAACUGAAAAGUCAACCAUCAAUGAAAACAAGCAAACCCGUGAAACCUUCAACAAACAUUAGGAGCCAUGAAUCCAUCACCAGGAAGAAGAUAUCCAGUAUGGCAUCCUCAGAAGAAUUCGAGAUCGCUUCGAAGCGUUCGAUUGAGAGAAUAAGAAAGCUGACAUCAUCACUCGAAGAGAAACUGGUGCUGAGUCCAUCACGAAACAUCAAUGGCAGAAUGGGAGCAAAUCAAAAGGAAAUGUCAAAAAGUAAUAGGAGAGAGGAAAUGGAGUCCUCGAAUUUGAAGACUGUGAAUCGCGACGCUACAACAUUCAAGCAUGAAAGUGCAAAUUCAGACAAUGAGCCACAUGUUUUUGGAAUGGCUACUUCAUCGAGUUCAACAAAUGCCGGCGCUAGUGUGGAAGAAAGUGACAGUUAUGAGGAUGAUUUUGAGAGCUAUGAGUCAGACUUCGAGGAGUGUACAGAGUCAGGAGUCAGUGGAGAUCAAGACUUGACGUCCAGCAGUGAUGAUGAAGACGACGACAUCAGUGAUCUGUAUCCGAGUUUAGGAAAUGCUGAGAAGCCGGUGGUGGAGGAAGAGAGGAAACUUGAUUCAGGAAACUAUGAUUUAUCAACGCAAAAGCAACAGCACCAGCUCAACGAAAUCAAAGAUGCCUUACUCAAAGAAAACUCAACUCUCACGCUUACAAGGAACUCUAUCAACAAGCAAGAAGAAACAAUACUGAGCAGCAAUGAAAAAAGCAACGAGAAAAUCUUUAUCAACUUUGCUGACGCUAAACAAAGGCAGAUUAAACAGAAGGUGAAUGAAAAGGUGCAGAAAAGAGGUGCUAUACUGAUGGAAAUGAUCAACUUGGACACGAUGAUGUUUUCAUUAUUGGACAUGCCUUCCGUGCCCUACGAUAUAUUCAUAAAGUGUUAUGGAAAAUCCAAUACACAGCAGAUGCAAACACAAACAAAUGAUGACUGCUUGAGUGAGGAAGUACAAACCGAGGAGAUUCACGUUUCAAAUAAAUGGACACAACAUCCAAUCAAAUUUCAUCCAAUCGAUUCUAAUCCAGAGCUGUUCCUGAAUCGUUUUAUAUUGGAUCGAAAAGGAGUUGGUGACGAUGGAAUGUUCAAUGAGACUGAUGAGGAGUGGCAAGCCAACUUGCAAGUCAAUUCUAUUCGGCUACAAAAUUUCCUAUCUUCUGCAUCAGAGGUGGUAUUGACACUCCUUGAAGAGGAGCAAUCACUGAGGAAAUCCAAUGGAAAGUCUGUUCUCUCAGCACAUUCGAAAGCAAUUAGCGAUGGUUUCACAGCUCUAAACUUUGAAAAUGCUGAGUUCUUGAAAGGACGUCAAAUUACCAGCUUGAAAUUCUCAUUGACCACACCAAACCAGAUGAUUACAGUACACAAGGAAUCAGAGUUGCAGACACCCAGCUCACUGAGAGACGAGUGCUUCGGCAGAUGCAUGAUUUGUGUGUGGAACGUCUACAAGCACUCUACGCCACACAAAAUCCUAGUUUCACCCGGCAACGUGAUAUCAGCACAACUUCAAGCUCAUCUGGUUUUUGCAGGCCUCAAUGAUGGGUCGAUUUGUGUAUGGGACUUGAGAGAGAAAUCAGCAUGGCAUCAGCGUACUGGACUUCAUGGUUCGGAACACACUUUGAGGUCUCCAACAUUCAUAACAACUAAAGUUCUCAAUGAAACGUCACAUACGAGUCCAGUAGUCUCUGUUGAGUGUUGUGUAAAUAAAACAAAGGAAGAAGCUCAGGAAACCUCUACUUAUCAGAUAGCUUCACUUGAAGUGGACGGCAUCAUCAUUAUAUGGACUGUGGUACACCUAAUUCUGUCGAAAUAUAGUGGUGAAAAUAUGGGAAACACAACCGUAGCAGGACUUGCUCCCUGGGGACAUGUGCGGCUGGUACCAAGUGUAUCAAUCAACGUGUUGCAAUUCACUUCUAGGAGUCUAAUAGGGAAUGUGGAAUGCAAGGUGCUCUCAGUAAGUGGCAACCAUCUAUUUGUUGGAACAAAUACUGGAAUGAUAACUCACUGUUUAAAGGGAAAUAGCAAAGGACAACCUCCUUGUUACUACUCAAGUAAAGAAGGAAUUUCAGAAAUCAGUUGCAUUGAAGCCUCUCCAACUGGUGACCCUUUAUUUCUAAGUGCCUCAAGUGACGGAAAAGUGAAUCUAUUCCAAAGAAAAAUUAGAAAUCCAAUGAUUGAGUUGAUUGGAACAGUGAAUGACCCAGGGCCUCCAGUCAAGUCGAUCUGUUGGUCACCAGUUAAGCAGAACAUUUUCUUCGUACUAGAUGGAGAAUCAAGUAUUCAUGUAUGGGACUUGUGCUACAGCGACUUUUCCCCGCGUUUUACUCUCCCAAAAACAGAGUCAACCAUCACUGCAAUGAGCAUAUCUCCACAUGCAGAGGAACCACUCCUAGCGUUGUCAACUGAUAAGGGUGGAAUAGAGAUUCACAGACUGAAUGAAGCACUGAGCGAAGACAAAUCAAAAAGAGAAUCUGAAAUGUUCAAACAUUAUUUGAAUAUAGUUUGCUGUUGAUU